UCUACGACAAGUAUGAGACGCGAUGAGCCUCCCUACCAUAAACAGUAAUGACCAUGCUAAUACUUCUGUUCAAUGACCUUAGAGGCAAUUCCCAUUGCGCUUCCAUCAUUUUCCCCGCAGGUGGAACGCAAUGGGGACCAUCUUGCUUCCUCGUUUCCGCAUUCUAGCUCUAUCUUGAGUUCGUCAUUUAAGAGUGGUAUCAGCUAUACAGCGAGUUCCCGAUACAAAUCUGGAAUUUCUAAAGCCCAGUCACGCACCCUUAAACGGCCAAACUUCUCAGUCUGGGAUUCGGCUUCUGGACAGGAGCUAGAGGAGCCACCACCACGACGUCAGCGGACGGAGAAAGAAAAACAGAAGACGGCAAGGAUCCGUGAGCUGGGCGGGGCCUGUGCGGAUUGCAAGAAGAAUCAUCGCUCUUGUAAGAUUGAGCAUCUCAUACCGGCCGACGGUAAGUAUACGAAAAUGCUAGAACCAGAUAUAAGUUUUCUUCAGGAAGACAUGUCACAAAGCCUCGGCACAUCCUAUGGGACCAUGGGAAUUCUCGAGUCAGGCCUAGCCAGAACAAGACUUUGUUCCGCUCCAGUGAAUGCUCCAUGCCUUGUGACAGAAGCGAUUUCUGGAACCGGUGAACAAUUUAUGCAAUAUAGUUAUCAAUCUAGACCAGAUUCUAUGCCGGUGUCCAACAUGAAUGGGCUGUAUGGUGAUGUCCAAAGCCUUGAUUUCAACGCCCGCGAACUUCAGGAUCCACACACUAGCACCGAGCAAAACUUUAGCCUGUCCCAGACUCACGAAUAUUCCUUCGAGGACCUAUUUCAUUUUGGAGAUAUUAAUGAUAUUGAUAUCCUGCAUAAUCUCUCUUUUUGA